CGGCCGCACGUCGAGCAUUCAGUAGACUCGGCCAUUUCUCUCGCGAAGCGUAGCGACUCGCUCAGCCGCGCGACGGGUUUUUUUUUCGCGACUGCACCGUGCGGGUACUCCCGGAAGUUUUGCAAAAAUAACGCGACGCAAAAGGAUGAUACACUCCGGGCGCACCAGGCUCGAGAAAAAAGUAAGUCUCCAACAAUUAGGAGUGGGAGGAGGGGGCGGCCAAGGGGUCGGACAAGGGGUACUGGCGUUCGAGGAGACGGAAAAAGGAGGCGGCGGUACCGGUGGACAAUGGUGGAAGCAGCAGCAUCCAUCCUAUCAUCACCAUUAUCACCAUCAUCAUCAUCAACAACAUUAUCAUCAUCAGGGCGGUUAUUACACGCAAACGCAUAUUCACAACCCUGUCACUACCAUGAAGCAAUCCUACAUGCAGCUAACAUGGGUGUUUCACGAUGACGAGGCGCAGAUUAACAAGAAACUGCCAAAAGAAUUGCUACUCAGAAUUUUUUCGUACCUCGAUGUCGUAUCGCUAUGCCGUUGUGCCCAAGUAAGCAAGGCCUGGAAUGUGUUGGCGCUCGAUGGGUCCAAUUGGCAGAGGAUCGAUCUCUUCGAUUUUCAACGAGACGUGGAGGGACCAGUAAUAGAAAAUAUCUCGAGGCGUUGCGGUGGAUUCCUCAGGCAGCUCUCGCUCAAGGGAUGCCAAAGCAUCGGCAACAACUCGAUGCGCACCCUAGCCCAGUCGUGUCCUAAUAUCGAGGAGCUCAAUUUGAGCCAGUGCAAGAGGAUCUCGGAUGCAACAUGCGCGGCUCUCAGCAGUCAUUGCCCCAAGCUCCAGCGGCUGAAUCUGGACUCCUGUCCCGAGAUAACGGACAUGUCCCUGAAGGAUCUUGCGGCAGGCUGCCCACUGCUCACUCACAUCAAUCUCUCGUGGUGUGAACUGCUCACCGACAAUGGGGUCGACGCACUCGCCAAAGGUUGCCCGGAGCUUCGCAGCUUCCUCAGCAAGGGUUGCCGCCAGCUGACGGAUAAGGCCGUGAUGUGUUUAGCACGCUACUGUCCUAAUCUCGAAGCGAUCAAUCUACACGAAUGCAGGAACAUAACGGACGACGGAGUUAGAGAACUUAGCGAACGAUGUCCACGGCUACAUUACGUUUGUUUGUCGAAUUGCCCCAAUUUAACAGACGCGACGUUGAUUAGCCUGGCACAACACUGUCCACUCCUCAAUGUACUCGAGUGUGUCGCGUGCACCCAUUUCACGGAUACGGGUUUUCAGGCCCUCGCGAGAAAUUGCAAACUGCUCGAGAAGAUGGAUCUGGAAGAGUGCCUUUUAAUCACCGACGCCACCCUCACUCACUUAGCCAUGGGCUGUCCGAGAUUGGAAAAACUAAGCCUGUCACACUGUGAGUUGAUCACCGACGAAGGCCUCCGACAAAUUGCACUGUCGCCAUGCGCGGCAGAACACUUAGCCGUCUUAGAGCUGGACAACUGCCCGAACAUCUCGGACAACGGUCUGAACCAUCUGAUGCAGGCCUGUCACAACCUCGAGCGUAUCGAACUUUAUGACUGCCUACACAUUACCAGAGAGGGCAUACGCAAACUCAGAGCCCAUCUACCGAAUUUAAAGGUGCACGCGUAUUUCGCACCGCCGACUCCGCCACCCAGCGCGGGAGCCUCGCGACAACGAUACUGUCGGUGCUGCGUCAUUCUGUGAUUUUGCCUUCAACUCCUAACUCCGAAGUAAAAAUCGUCCGAUAUACAUACCCACGAGAUUAUAGUGGAACUUUAUCGGUGGUCGCUGCUCGCGGCGAUUAUGGGACCUCUCUCUCUUUCUCUCUCUCUCUCUCUCUCUCGUGGUCACCGAAGAAGCGAAACCAUCACACAUUAAGUCUAUUUUUUUAGUUGCACUGCUGCACUGAUGCAAUAAGUUAGAAUGAGAGAACGUAUACUUGUCUUACUUUAACUUAUUGCACCAGUGCAGUAGUGUAGCUAAAAAGAAUAAGCCAAUUGAUAAGUGAGAACGGGACUCGUUGUCAAUUGGAAAUCGUUAAAUCGAUUCAAGCUCCACACGCAACGAGUGAAGUACGUCACCAUCAUCAACAUAGCCACUGAUGCUACUACUGCAAUUACUACUAUGACCGUUGCUGCUGCUAUUGCUGCUGCUGCUGCUAUUACUACUAUUAUUACUACUACUAUUACUACUACCGCUGUUAUUACUACACUUAUCAUUAUUAUUAUUAUUAUUAUUAUUAUUAUUAUUAUUAUUAUUAUUUCUAUUUGUAUUCCGUUAUCUCGAUAGUAAGUGCAUUGUCACUAUUUCAGUUUAUAUAUUUGCGUGCGGAAAGUUAGUCUGCAAAGGAAAGAAAUUCUCAGGUUUCUUUAGCGAUAUCGUUUUCUAUGAUCUUCAUUUAGCAUUCGUCCACAGAAGGAAAUGACACGCGCGCGUUCUCUGAGCUGCUCGCGAUACACACGACAACACGAUGUAUGCGAAAGCGAGCGUUUGAUUAGCGUUUGGACGCGUAUUUUCCUUAGCGCUACGCGAGCAAGUUUAUCGAUUUACGUUGCUCGAUAAACACGAGAUACUUAUUUUAAGAUACGCGUAAAUGUCAUAAAUAUCUUAAUGAGCACCCGCGCGCGCGUUCUACCGAUAUGAGAAGUGGAAAAAGACGGUAGUUUUAAGGGGCAAUGGAAUCAAGUGUAAUAAUGCGUGCAAUUGUAUCCAGAAAUCGAAUUUCACACACAUCUUAAUGUGUAAUCAUGUAGCAGUUUCUCAACGAACACUGCCUAUAAUGCUAUUGAUAAACGAAAAAAAAGAAAAAAAAAGGAAAAAAAAACAAAUGCGGUUUAGCGAUUGCGAAUCGAAUCUCGUCGUAAUAUUUAGGAUAUUACUAUCGUUUAUCGUAUAACGUAGACAUACACACCGACCAAAGUGCGGCUCGGUGAAAGUGUUUCUUCUCGGUGUCUGUUUAAAAGUAUUAACAGAUCGCGCAUACCGUGAUUACUGAGCGACACCUACGAAUUUCUUUCCUUUCGUAAAAAAAAAAGAAGAAAAACGAAGAAAAAAAUAAGAGAGAGAGACAAAGAAGAAUUCGUGUUGCGCGAAAUUUUUCGCAUUAAGGGCGCACAACUUUCAAUGACGGAAAUUUCGACGUAUUGUGAUCGUGAAUAUACACAUACACUCGAGACAGAGUGAGAACGGGAGGAGGAUCACUCGAGUGUCGUCUUUGAAGACCCGUACGACUCGACCGCCGCUAGCACGUGACUUGUACAGCGGUGGCGCGCGAGAGAGCUGCAUUUUACAUCGAUUCGCGGGCAGACGGUAUUUAACGCCCGUGUAUCGUACACCCUCGAAUACCCGUGUAAAACGUAAACACCAUUUUUCCUCGACCCGGACAUCUAUUCUAUUAUUUCUCUGUUUUAUAUAUUAUCUUGUUUUUUGUUUUUCUUUUUGUAACUUGUCAUGGACUAGGAGAGCACAGACUGACAAACGAAUCAAAGCGUUAAUGUGUUAAACCGAUUAACUUUGUACCGGCGGCGAACAACGCUGGUGCUUUUACUUUUUAAGCCUAGGUUUAAACGAAAGAAAAACGGAAUGGCGGCAGUAUCAUGAAGCCACGGAUGUGUCGCGAAGAGAGCAGGGAUCGGCAGAUCUUUACGCGCAAUCUUCGUCAAUCAAUCCCGAAUGCUCCGUGACUACAGUGUCGAUGUGCCCGAUGGUGAGGAGCAAACAAACAGAAACAAAACAGAAAAGACGUUUACUCUCUGACCCAGUGCUUGUAAAAAACCCCCGAUUGUAAAUGAUCGGCGCCGUCUCUCAAUCGGAACACGGUAUCGUCCGAUGAAGCAGCCGAUCUUUGUCGCGGGAUCUUGGGGGACGGGCCGCGUUAAGCGGACAUGAAAGAAGAGACGAACAAGUUCAUAACGAGACAAGUGAAAUGUCGAACAUAGUUUUCCGAGGCUUGAGGAAAACGGACCACGGGAAGAUACGAGCAACCUCUAUAUAUGUGGAUUACGAUUUCCCAUUUGAUUGUACGUGAAGAAGCUUUUCGGUGUAGCUUCUUCGAGAGAGAAUUCUCGCGGCGAAAUUUACGGCGGAUUUGAGUUUCGAAUCGACAUAAUUUAUUUUGAAUAUAAAAAACAUUGAAAACACUCAUACACGCGCGCGCAUACACGGCGUGUACACACACAAACACGUACACAUAUAUUGGCUAUAUUUUUAGAAGCGAACCCUUGCCAGAUUUUUAUAAAAGCAGCCGUGGACGCAUUUUAAACGCGUUAAUGGCCAAUCCAAGACCAACGCGCGAAAUUUUUAAAAGCGGUCCAGUUUUGAAGUGCAAUAUCCGUCAGACGCGAAACGCGCCUCGUUUUCCUUCCUCUUGUUUUUGAUUUCAGAAUCGUAAAUCCGGUUAAUAUCGCGACAUGACGUGUUGUCGCGUUAAGCAAAAAAAAAAGAGGGGGGGGGGGAGAAAGAAACACGAAGUAUCGAUUGUUAAUCCUUUGGUAGCGUAUAAGAGACGUACCGCGUAUAAUAUUGAAGUAUCUAGCGUGUAACAGAAAAAAAUAACGGAUGCGGCAACCUAGAUAUAUAAUACAACAGUAAAUAAAUAUAUAGAUAAGAUAUGUUUUAUACGCUGCAUGUCAUCCCUAGUGGAAUAACGUGAUCAUUGUAAACGUGUCGUUCGAAGUCAGAUUAAUAAUUACCAAGCGAUGUACGAUUAUACGCGCUCAUGACGUAACCGCGAUGAUGCAGGACACAUGAAACACAUACACAUAUACACACCCACAAUAUCUACAUACACAUCAUACGCGUACUGUCCGCAAGGCUUUCCGACCUCUCGCGAAUCUCGGUGCGAGUGUUUGCAUUCCUUCUUUGAAUGGAAUUAUUUUCUACGUCGCGGCUACAUAGAUUUAACUGCGCGAAUUCUCCGAGAAGAAAUGGGCGGAACUCUUUCGCAUUGAAUUAAUCUUUAGCGGCGACUAUAUAUUGAAAGAAAAAUAUUUAACAGAGAUGGGAUAUAGUUUUUUAUAAUAACGAUUUGGUAAUAAUGUUACAAUUUUUUAUAAUGGUAAUGAUAACUAGGGUUAGAAUCACUUUUGACAAAUAAUUUAUUAUUACGUGUUACUUAUUGAAAAAGAAACUUGUUAGUUGAGUUGUUACCUAACAAGUUACUUUUUUCAACGAAUAAUGCAUCUCAGUAACGAAUUAACAAAUAUUUAUUAGAAGUGACUAUUCCAAUUCUGACAUUACCAUUAAUAUUAUGAAAAACUCGAAUAUCAUUAUAUUAAUUCGUUAUUAUAACAAAAGUAACGAUGACUUGGGCCGGUAUUCAAAGUCGGAUCUUAUAUUUAAGAUUAUCUUAAGACUGUCUUAAGAUACCAUCAGCCAAUCACAGGCCCGUAUUAGCAUCUUAAGAUAUUGCUUGAGACGAUCUUUAAAUAAGAUUCGACUAUGAAUACCACCCUUAUUCUUGUCCCUGAUAUUUUAUUAUUGGUGACUAUAAUUGAACGUUAAAGUAAUUACGAUUAAAAAUUUUGUUUUUAUUAAUACAAA